GAAAAACGCCCAUUUUGCUCCCGCUGUCAAGGCAUCGAGUGUGCUGAGUAUCAACAGACGGAAGAGGACAAAGAGCAGCAAUGGACGGUGAUGUUGCAGUUGGUGUGAAGAGAGGCUCAGAUGAGCUCAACGUGUACAGUAGCAGCCCCACCCCUCUGACCGCGAACGGCAGUGACAGUAAGAAGCAGCGGCUGGAAGAGUGCCCUCCCUCCAGAGUGCUCCACAUCAGGAAGCUUCCCAAUGAAGUGUCAGAGACCGAAGUCAUUGCCUUGGGGCUGCCCUUUGGAAAGGUGACCAACAUUCUGAUGCUGAAGGGGAAAAACCAGGCCUUCCUGGAGUUGGGCACAGAAGAAGCGGCCAUUACGAUGGUGAACUACUACGCGGCCGUCACGCCCCAGGUGAGAAACAACCCCGUCUUCAUCCAGUACUCCAACCACAAGGAGCUGAAAACGGACUCUGCUCUGAACCAGAGGGCCCAGGCGGUGUUGCAGGCGGUGUCCGCCGUUCAGGAUGGAAGCUCUCCAUCCUCUGACCCUGGGGUGUUGGACCUAACUCCGCCCCCCAGCCCGGUCCUGCGAAUCAUCAUCGACAACAUGUUUUAUCCUGUGACGCUGGACGUUCUACAGCAGAUCUUCAGUAAGUUCGGGACCGUCAUGAAGAUCAUAACCUUCACCAAGAACAACCAGUUUCAGGCUCUUCUGCAGUUCAGCGACCCCGUCAAUGCACAGCAGGCUAAACUGUCUCUGGAUGGACAGAACAUCUAUAACUCCUGCUGCACGCUGCGGAUCGACUUCAGUAAGCUGGUCAACCUCAACGUCAAGUACAACAACGACAAGAGCCGAGAUUACACCCGGCCCGACCUCCCCACCGGAGACGGGGACUUGCUCAACAAGGACCAUUCUCUCCUGGGUACCCCGUCUGGAGCAAUGGCUUCCUACUCCAGCGGAGGAGGGUACUCGUCUUCUCUCUCCAUGUCGCAUGGCGGAGGCGCCAUGAGUCCUCUGAGCGCGGCAGCAGCGGCUGCAGCUGCCGCCGGCCGCGUCGCCCUGUCCGGCUCCGGAGUGUCGGGAGUCCUGUUGGCAUCCAACCUAAACGAAGAGAUGGUCACGCCUCAAAGUAUCUUUACCCUCUUCGGAGUCUACGGUGAUGUCCAGAGGGUGAAGAUCCUCUACAACAAGAAGGACAGUGCUCUGAUACAGCUCUCCGAUGGCAACCAGGCUCAGCUGGCGAUGAGCCACUUGAAUGGUCAGAAGGUGUUUGGUAAAGUGAUGCGAGUGACUCUGUCUAAACACCAAACCGUGGCCUUGCCCCGAGACGGACUGGAUGACCAGCUGCUCACGAAAGAUUUUUCUGGCUCGCCUCUCCAUCGCUUUAAGAAGCCGGGAUCCAAAAACUUCCAGAACAUCUUCCCUCCCUCUUCAACGCUUCACCUCUCCAACGUCCGGGACGCCGUCGGGGAGGACGACCUCCGUCUGCUGUUCUCCAACGGCGGAGGAGCCGUCAAGGGCUUCAAGUUCUUCCAGGACCAUAAGAUGGCCCUGAUCCAGAUGACGUCGGUGGAGGAGGCGAUCGAGACCCUGAUGGAGCUCCACAACUACGACAUGGGAGGGAACCACCACCUGAAAGUUUCAUUUUCAAAGUCCACCAUCUGACCCCGAAACCUCGAGAUCUGUGACGAGCGAGGAGGCCCCUCCCAUUUGUCGUCCGUUCGACGUAUUUACGUUAAACCUUCGCUGCGCUUUUUUCCCCGAUCCUUUAAUUCAGCCGUACGAUGUUUUACCAGUGAGACGUGCUCCCGCUGUCCAAGAGCUUCAAACUCAACGUGACGCAUUGCACACUUAUUUCAGGUAAAAUAUUGAGAGAAAUCCCAAAUCCACAAAGCACAUAUUCUUGACCACAUCACACUUUGACCAUCUUAAAGGGCCACACACACCAGCUGAAAAUGAGUUUUUGGUUCUCCGUGACAUCACGGUGGGGGGGUGUGGCUACAGGUGAACACUGCAGACCAAAGCCUACUGGUUUUUAUUUAAUCUUUUAUUAUUUGUAAUAGCAGGAGUUGUUUUGUGUUCCCCCAGCCACCCGUCGCUAUGGUAACAGCAUCUUAUUUCCUCUCCGCUGGAGGUUUGACGUCCUGUAGUCGGUGAUCUGUUUUCUUCUCUGUACGUACUUGAACCUCCCACCGUUAGUGUUUCCAAGGCAACCGGCGAGUCGAUCCCCAGACCGCCGGCCGCGUCCGUCACGUUCUAAUAACAAAUAAUUGUUCAAGCAUUUUAUGUUUUUCCAAGCGAGCAGCGCGCCGGAGUCCAUCGGGUUGUAACUAAAAGUUGACAGUUAAAGUUAAAUAUGAGCAGUUUCACAUCAACAGCGCCCACUCUUAUACUUUAGGCAUGUUGGAGCCCCGACAACAUCAACACAUCUCCACCCGACAACACCAACACAUCUCCACCCGACAACACCAACACAUCUCCACCCGACAACACCAACACAUCUCCACCAAGACAACACCAACACAUCUCCACCCGACAACACCAACACAUCUCCACCCGACAACACCAACACAUCUCCACCCGACAACACCAACACAUCUCCACCCAGACAACACCAACACAUCUCCA